AUGGCACAAGACUCUAGUGGUAUCAUAGCGGGGAUGAACCCCUUGAAGUAUUCCACCACUUCGCCAUACACGAUGUUUUUCUUCCAAUUGAUUGUAAUAAUAACAUUCUCCUUGGUGUUGAACUAUCCAUUAAGUAAAAUCAAACAACCCAGGGUUAUUGCAGAAGUUUUAACUGGCGUUAUUUUGGGGCACACAGCUCUUGGUAGAAUUCCAAACUUUACAAAAUAUGUGUUCCCUCCUGAAUCGAUUCCAGGCCUAACAUUAGUUGCAAAUAUUGGAAUUUGUCUAUUGAUGUUCAUUGUUGGUUGUGAAGUCGAUGUCAAGUUUAUCAAGAAGCACAUUUUUACGGCCGUCUCUGUUGGUUUGUUCAAUAUGGCCGUUCCUUUCGGUCUUGGAUGUCUAUGUGCGAUCGGGCUAUGGAAAGAAUACAGAGAAAAUGCGGACGGGUUACCUCAGAUUAAAUUUACAACCUUCAUGGUAUUCAUUGCGGUAGCUCUUUGUAUUACUGCGUUUCCUGUUUUAGUUAGAAUUAUAACAGAGUUACGAUUGGUUAAAGAUAGAGUGGGUACUGUUGUUCUAGCAGCGGGUAUCACUAAUGACUUAUUUGGAUGGGUCAUGUUGGCCUUGAGUGUCACAUUGGCAAAUGCGUCUGAUUCUCUAGUCACACUCUAUAUUGUGUUGGUAUGUUUUGGCUGGUGUUUGUUCAUAUGUUAUCCUGUCCGGAUUACCUUGAAUUGGUUCUUGAAAAAUUGUCUUAAGGAAUUUGAUGGCAGCAAUGAACCUUCUAGACCCGCAAUGACACUUAUCUUAGUGAUGGUUUUUGCUUCAGCGUUUUUCACCGAUAUAAUUGGAGUCCAUCCUAUUUUUGGGGCCUUUUUAAUAGGUGCAAUCGUUCCAAGAGAAAACAAUUAUGUUAUAGGCUUAACAUCAAGGAUCGAGGAUUUAGUGAAUAUUAUAUUUGUCCCAGUAUAUUUUGGUAUUGCUGGAUUGAGUGUUGAUUUAGGUCUGUUGAGGUCUGGCGCAGAUUGGGGCUGGGCUAUUGGUCUUAUAGUGAUAGCAAUGGUAGGAAAAAUCUCAGGUGGCCUAAUUGCAUCUAAAUUAAGAGGCUUGUUCUGGAGAGAGUCAUUGACCGUCGGUGUAUUGAUGUCUUGUAAAGGAAUUGUUGAGAUUGUGGUCUUGCAAGUUGGAUUAAACGCUAAUAUUAUUACUAGAAAAACUUAUUCUAUGUUCAUUUUUAUGGCAAUCAUUACAACGUUUCUAACAACACCAUUGACGUUAUAUGCAUAUCCUGCUUCAUACAGAGAAAAAGUUCAGGUUUGGAUCCAAGAAGCAGCAAAUGAGAAGUUAAAGAAAACAGCAGUUAAUGACAAAGAAACUAUAUUGGUAGAGAAAGAAGAUAUUGUAAUAGAUAAGCUUAUUUUAGCUGUGGAUGAUGUUGAUAGCUUAUCCACAGGUAUGUUAAUUAUCGACAUAUUGUUAGAAAACGCUCAGAUACCUAUCCAUGCAAUCAAUAUGAAGACCUUGACUGAAAGAACAGCGGAUAUAUUACAUGCCUCAAUGAUGAAUGAAGAUGAAAAUCAACAUGGAUAUACCUCACUAAAUUCAACCUUGAGUGUUUUCAGUAUUUUUUGUCACUAUAACAGGAUUCCCUUUACAUCUGAGAUAUUAUACUCUUUACCUGAAAACUAUUUAGAAACACUACUAGAUAAUUCUUCCUUUUCCGACAACAACUUAUUUAUGUUGCCCAUGACAAAAAAGAAUUUCUCCAUACAAAACAUUCGGGAUAUAAUAAAAGAGAGUCAACACUUGAACUAUUAUAAAGGUAUUUUCAUCAAUAAUGGGCAGUUUUUAUUUACUCAAAAUGACCAUGCAGAUAUGGGGACUAAAGAAGCGAAUGGCAGAUUCUCAGAGGAUACCAUGCUGAAUCCAACUGCUCUUAAAAUCUCAAGCGUGACGUUAUUUCUCAACCACCCUGAAUUGACGAAAAAUGAUAAGCUAGCUAUGCACCUAUUUGAGAUUCUUGUCAAAGGUAAAGACCUAAGUGUUGGUAAAGUCAUCUUAGAUAACAUCGAACCUGAAUCCCGGACUAACGAUAUUAUAUCGAGUUGGAUCAAAGACAAUGAUGAAAUUUUUGGUAAGAUUCAUUUCACCAUUACCAAUAAAACCAAUACCCUUAGUAAACUUGACACUGGAAAGUCUAUUAGUGCAUUCUUAACUGAUGAAACGAAAACAUUUUCUGAACUAGACAGGUUGAUUAUUGUUUCUGCAGAUGGAAAUGAUAUAAAUCUUAUUUCGGAACUUGUUGAAAAACAUGAGAAAGUUAUCGUUCUUUUCUAA